ACAGGGAGCCCAGACAUGACCCUGUCCCUGCCGUACCGGGGCACGGCCCAGCGCCUCGGCGGCCGCGGGCUCCGCCGCGACGCGCAGGCUUUGCUGGGCAUGGCUCCGUGCCAGAAACAUGUUUUCCAGGCCCAGGAAAGAUUUCCUCCAGAAAGAUUGUCUCAGCUGAAAAGUAAGGCAAAGUUUGGUCCCUCCCCUUCGGGGAGAGCCGGGCAGUCGCUGUGCCUGCGACGGAGGCGGCCUCCUGUGGGAGCAGGCGCUGCUCGGCCGGCUCCUGAGGGCCGCGGGUGGCCGGAGGGGACAGCCAGCUCCCGGGGACAGCGGGACGGGAGCGGGGCACACCCAGGACACCGCACCACAGGUUUGCCGGUGAAGGCACCGAUGGAAAUGUGGAGCACCAGCAGCACUGAGAGGUUUUACAAGAUCCCUGAAGGAAAGGGACCACACUCAGUUGGAUGUACAGACCUGAUGACAGAAGAUGCAGUUGAGGGAAGCUUUUUGCGCCUCUAUUAUCCAGCGUAUGAUUCCACAGAUAUCGAAGAGGCGCGAUGGAUUCCAGACAAAGAAUAUUAUCAGGGACUCUCUGACUUCCUUAAUAUGUACCGAGCUGUAGGAGAAAGGCUUUUCCAUUACUAUGUUGGUUCAGUGACCUGUCCUGCAAAGUCAAAUGCUGCUUUUAAACCAGGAGAAAAAUACCCACUUCUUGUUUUUUCCCAUGGACUCGGAGCUUUUCGGACAAUCUAUUCUGCUAUUUGCAUAGAGAUGGCUUCUCAGGGCUUUAUAGUGGCUGCUGUGGAGCACAGAGAUGAAUCUGCUUCAGCCACAUAUUAUUGUAAAAGAAGGUCCGUUUCUGAGUCACAGGAAGAGUCCACGCCUAACAUGGAGAAGGAGUGGAUCUACUACAGGAAACUGAAAACUGGAGAGGAGGAGCGCUGCUUGCGCCAUAAGCAGGUGCAGCAAAGAGCACAGGAGUGUAUCAAAGCUCUCAAUCUCAUUCUUAAAAUCAAUUCAGGAGAGGAAGUAACAAAUGUACUACAUUCAGACUUUGACUGGAGCAGUCUAGAGGAUUCUGUUGAUACUAGCAGAAUAGCUGUGAUGGGACACUCUUUUGGUGGUGCUACAGUUAUUGAAAGUCUCAGCAAAGAAAUGAGAUUCAGGUGUGGCAUUGCCCUGGAUGUAUGGAUGCUUCCUGUAGGUGAUGACAUUUACCAAAACAGCGUCCAGCAACCGCUGCUUUUUAUCAACUCUGAAAAAUUCCAGUGGGCUGAGAACAUCUUAAAGAUUAAAAAGCUCAUCUCCAAUGACGCAAACAAGAAAAUGAUCACUAUCAAGGGGUCAGUACAUCAGAGUUUUCCUGACUUCACCUUUGUGAGCGGAGGAAUCAUUGCAAGAUUUUUCAAAUUAAAAGGAGAAAUAGAUCCAAAUGAAGCUAUUGAUAUCAGCAAUCAUGCUUCAUUAGCCUUCCUACAGAAACAUCUGAGUCUUAAGAAAGAUUUUGAUCGGUGGGAUUCUCUUGUGGAUGGCAUAGGACCCAAUGUUAUUCCUGGAACCAAUAUUGACACAUCUCCAGCUGAACCUGAAUAAGGAAUUCAAAGAAAUACUGAAAAUGCCAUGGACAUCAAGACACUAAUAUUGGUCAGACAUCCCUCAGACAAGGCAUUAAGUUACAUGAUUCUAAAAACAGAGUUUUCUGUUCCAAUGAGUUAGUGGUAUGCUCUGAAAUACUGCAACAGGGUAACUUCUGCUUUGUAGGCAGCUUGGGGGAAAUCACUUGGUAAUAAUUUAAAUGCACUUUCUGGUUUUGACUUGAGUCAAGUUUGCGGGGAGACAGAUUGAGCUCCAAGGAGUUCAGCUACAGGGUGGUUUACCAAGCUUUAUGUCAGUUUGCAUCCAGGAAGCCUUUACUGCAGGGUAAGGGAAAACAAACAAACAAAAAACCCAAACCACCACUUUCCUGCUUGGAUACUAAGUAUUUCAGCUGUGCUCUGACAACAUUUGCGAGUUAGGGAGGCCAGUGGAGGGUGGUCUUCAAAACUGUGUCUUAUGAAAACAAGUCACAGUAAAAGCUACAGGAAAGAGUUCAGCUGACAGCAGAGAAAAUCCAGACCCAGGACUCCUCACAGGAGCUUAAUCCUCUUAAAUGUAAGAAGUGUUUAAUGCCAUACCUAAAGGAUGAUGUUUAUAUCUCAAAAGCUUUUCUAUGGGUCACUUGUAGCAACUGUAAUUGGCCUUGGGCAAAGCUCCAGCAGCUCUUCCCUCGUCUGUGUUUCACAACCACCCAGUCAGACUGCAGGGGAAAUACAGAUGUGGCACUCUACAGCGCCCUUUAUAUGGUCCUUGCUAGCACUGCUUCAGCUCCUGAGGCCUCUCCAGGCAGCAAACACUUCCCAGACACUCAGCUUUCUCCAGGUACUCACAGUGGGCUCUAGGUGACACAGCUGAGUUGGCUCCCACUGACAGAUACAGACAGCAGUGGUAGUACCUGGACCAAGAUUGUCAGCAGCCACCUGGCUGGCCUUCUUCAAGGCUCUCCUUUUUGGAUCAGAACUGCCUGAAGCUGUCCCAUGCGAGGGUGUCUUCUAAAUUCUGUUCACUUCAAAAUCAGGUUACAAAUAAAACCACUAAGGCAAACAAAUUAAGAAUUUAACACUGUAAUUAAGUGUUUUACAUAACCUGUGAUCUUGAAAUGAGAUUGCAAUAACACCUGAGAUCUUUUAGAAUUAAUUAAAUUCUCCCCAGCCUAGUGCCAUGUAUUGUCUCUAUUAGGCAAAUAAAUGUGUUUGUCAUACUGA